AGCCACUUUGCAGGCAGCAGACUCUUGAAGUUGUUACUCAUCUGGAUAAACCCUGGACACACAUGUAAAAUAAACCACAAAGGGAAAAAGCUACUCAUCCAUACAUCCACAUUCUAACCUGAACCACCAUAAGCACCUCCCACUGAAUGAGAGCUGAUAAUUGGCGCGGGCUCAUUUGCAUGCAGAACGGCAUGGAUAUUUAUUUAAAUUUAAUUUCGUUCCCGCACACGGUGCACUGUAGGCUUUUUUGUGCCAAAGUCAUAUUAACCCCUUGAUUAGUUAAUAUGCAGUGCACGACGUUGCCCACGCACGAUGAAUAUUCAUAUUCAUGGCGCUUUCUCCGCCGUCCCCUCUUUACUCCUUCCUGCCUCUCCCUCUUCUGCCGUUUUCAGCCCGCAGCUAUGGAGGCUUACCGGAAGACCGUGCCGUUUUCACAGUUAUCCCAAACACAAACACUCCACAUCGUUUGGCUCCUCUUACUGUCUGUGUCGCUCGCUGCCGCUGACUCGAUGGCAAAUAAGAACGAGCUGCCAAGCAGAGACCGCGCUCUGAAAGGAAGCGAGGAGAAAAUGCUCGUGGCAGACAAGCAUGCUGUCAAUGCAAAUCCCACUGUGGAGCCUUUUCCAGAAGGCAUGGAGACCAUCAUGUUUGGUAUGGGCUGUUUCUGGGGAGCUGAGAAACAUUUCUGGCGGAUUCCUGGAGUGUUCUCCACACAGGUGGGCUUCGCCGGGGGCUUUACACCCAACCCCACUUACAAAGAAGUCUGUUCAGGUCUGACGGGUCACACUGAGGUGGUGAGGGUUGUCUUUUCCCCUGAAGACAUCAGCCUUGAGGAGCUGCUCAACCACUUUUGGGAGAACCACGAUCCUACACAAGGUAUGAAGCAGCAUGCUGACUGUGGUACUCAGUAUCGCUCAGCCAUUUACACAUCCAACCCCGCUCAACAGGAGCUUGCGUUGAAGAGCAAAGUGGCCUACCAGCAGGAGCUGGAUAAAAAAGGCUACAGCACUAUCACUACAGAGAUCCUGGAGGGGCAGCAGUUUUACUACGCUGAGGACUAUCACCAGCAGUACCUGAAGAAGGUACCUAAGGGCUAUUGUGGCCUCAAAGGCACCGGUGUCUCUUGUCCCAUCGGAGCUGGUAAAGAUGAGCUGUGAUGGAUUUGUGGUGAGAAACAAAGGGAUGAGGAUUUGUUAAGGCUGUUAUGUCAUCAUUUGCCACCCUUAAUCUUUUAUUUUUUUUAAAACUUAACUUAAAAAAAAAUUGAUACACUGAAUAAGCAUGUGCACUUGUUUACAUAAUAAUUUUAAUUAGUCAGAUUGCAAAAAAAAUACUAAUUCUCAGGGAAUUUGGUGAAAAUAGUGUGCAAAGACAAUUUGCAAGUGCUUUUACAUUAGACAUAGAAAUGAGUCAAAAUAGCAUUUAAAAGAUUGAAAAAAGAAAACAAAGAAGUCUCUGUUGGACUGCAGCUACAAUCAGCUUCCAUAGGGUGGCGACAUUUCUCACAAAACACAGUCAAACUCCAACAUAAUGUUUACAUUGUAUGGCAUUUCAUGUGCCAUCUUGUAGCUAAGAAACCAUGUGAAAACUUUGUCUUCCAGUUGGAAACAACAUUAAUGGUUUUUAAUUCCAGCAUCCUUUUCAAGUUCACCUUGAGACUUACGACAGUAUUACAGAGCUCAGGUUUGAUUGUCAUAGAAGGAAUUCUUAUGCAGAUUUGUAUAUGAUUAUUAGCUUAGCACCUCAAUGAAAUCAUCUUGAAUUUGUAAUGUAACAUUAUUUUCACGUAAUCUGAAUAAAUGAAUUUACUUCAGCCAAGACAAGACCUGCCUUUUAUUUUCUUAAAGUCUCUCUGUGAAAACAAUAAAACAUAAAUCCUCCAACACCUCA